UUUAAGUCGACCAAGCAUAUACACAAAGUACCUGUAGAUGAUGAUGACGUCAACAUUUUUAAGAUCGAAGAUUAUCCGUAUGUAAUGUCCUUAAAAAUAUUGUUACUUAAUAAAAGGGUAGAGACUUGCACGGGCUCACUUGUAACAGAACUGUUUGUAUUGACUGCUGCUCACUGUGUUUACGAUAAAGACAAAAAGGAUAUAAAAGUGUAUCAAGGUACAUGGAUAAGAAAUCGCGAUUCGCGAAACGUAGUCAAGCUGUACAUACAAGAAAGUUAUAAUCAUACAUCUGAAGUUAUAAUUGGAGAUCUUAGUGUUUUGAAAAUAGACAAACCAUUUUCGCAUAUCGAGGAAUACAUAAGGAUAGGUGGCUCACCUAUUGACUUCGCCAAUAACAAAUACCUGAAUUGUAUCGUUAUUGGGUUUGGUAUUAUUAACAAUGAACACGAAGGCUUUAUUAAUCAAAUUAUGGUCAAACAUGGUAGGAAAGCAUGUGAAGGAUACGAUAGUGUUCAAAUAAUAGAUACAUGGCAACAAUAUCUCUGUGAAAUACCAAGCAAGCACAAGACGUAUGAAGGAGAUAGUGGUGGUCCGAUGAUUUGCGACGGUUUGCUAUAUGGAGUAUGCAGUUUUUCAAUACAUUUCAAUGGUGGAGACAUGCAGACUAUCCACGUGUUCAUCGAUUAUUAUAGAAAAUGGGUCUUUGAUAUAAUAGAACCGGUACAGAGCACAUCUUUGACCGCAAAACAAAAAAGAAUUAAAAAGAAUAAAACAAAUCAAAAAAGUGAUGCGAAAUUGAUUAUCCCAAACUAA